CAGCUCGGGAACUCGGCCAUUUUUGUUGCGUCAACGUCGAGUGCGGCCAGGGGCCUCUCGCGCUUUCCUAGCAGUCACGCCAGUUGCCAGUCGCCUCCGGGAUUCCUUCGUAUCGUGUUCAACGAGAGACUCAACCGGCACACGCGCCGUUCCUUCUUCGAUAAAACUGAUAAAGAAUCGGGGCCGAGUCGCGAGGCUAGCGAGGCUAACCCGCCUGGCGAGGCGUUAAAAUAUCAGUCCGUGAGACGACAAAGAGACCGUGGGAGAGAGAGAGAGAGAGAGAGAGAGCAAAGGCAAGAAAGACAGAGAUAGCGCGUUAGGACGCGUUGGGAAUUUUUUUCGACUCGAGAGUGUGUGUGUGAGCAGAGAGAGAGAGAGAGAGAGAGAGAGAGAGAGAGAGAGAGAGAGAAAGAAAGGAGCGACAGAGAGAGAAGAGACGAGCUACAAAGGGCUUCAAGCGACAGAGCUGCGAAAACUACGCACCGAGGCGGAGUAAUAUGAGUAAUGCAGCCAACCAGAAUGGAUCAGGUCUAGAGCAGCAGCUAGCUGGUCUGGACUUGCAGGGCUCCCGCCAACCAAGUGGGGGCCGCUACGUUCCACCGCAUCUUCGUCAUAAAGCUGCGAGUGAGUGUAAUCCACCCUCGGAUUUGAACUACUCUUCCAACUCAAGAUCGUUUGUGGAUAGAGACAGAGGGGGAGAUCGCGAUCGUGAAAGAGAUGAUCGGGAUAGGGGCAGAGGAGGCGGUUAUCGAGACUCGCGGAGUCCUCGCGACGUCGACUUCGCGAACUUCGGGAGCUUCGGUGGGCGCAAUAGGCGCAGCCAGGAAAAUGGAAGGGAUUACAGAUACUCCAAUUCCGAGCGCGAUCGACCAAUUAGCGGCAACGAUCGCUGGCAGGAGCCUAUUAGAAAUGACCGCUGGCCGGACAACGGCAGAAAUGACAGGAUGGGCGGCGGAGGACGAUGGGGCGACGACAGAGGCGGCAGAGGCAGAGGCGAGGUCGACUGGACGAUCCCGACUGCCAGGGACGAGCGACUGGAGCUGGAGCUGUUUGGCUCUGGCAAUACUGGGAUCAAUUUUAGCAAAUACGAGGAUAUCCCAGUUGAGGCUACCGGAGAGAACAUACCACCACACAUCACAUCUUUUGACGAGGUUAAGCUGACAGAGAUAAUAAAGAAUAGCAUCGUCUUGACAGGAUACGAUAAGCCUACACCGGUACAGAAGUACGCGAUACCGAUCAUUAUCGAACGCCGUGACGUGAUGGCCUGCGCUCAAACCGGGUCCGGUAAAACAGCGGCCUUCCUAGUGCCAAUAUUGAAUCAGAUUUACGAGAGCGGGCCGCGACCACCGCCACCGCAAGCGAACUCCUCCGGCAGGCGUAAACAGUAUCCGUUGGGUCUGGUGCUGGCCCCCACGAGAGAGCUCGCUACGCAGAUAUACGACGAAGCGCGGAAGUUCGCCUACCGUUCGCGUAUGCGCCCCGCGGUCGUAUACGGUGGCUCCAACAUAGUGGAUCAAAUGCGCGAGCUGGAUCGCGGCUGUCAUCUACUUGUGGCGACGCCCGGGCGUCUGGUGGACAUGCUGGGACGCGGUAAAAUCGGCUUACAUAAUUGCCGAUUCUUGGUACUGGAUGAAGCAGAUCGCAUGUUGGAUAUGGGUUUUGAGCCGCAGAUCAGACGCAUUGUUCAGGAGGACAACAUGCCGCCGACUGGAGAGAGACAGACUCUCAUGUUCUCUGCUACUUUCCCGAAAGAGAUUCAAAUAUUGGCUAGAGACUUCCUCAGCAACUACAUCUUCUUGGCGGUUGGCCGCGUGGGAUCAACUUCCGAGAAUAUUACACAGAAGAUUGUAUGGGUGGAGGAACAUGACAAACGUUCAUACCUGCUUGAUUUACUGCAGGCUAGCAACUUUUCAGAUCCUACUGCUGAGUCACUCACCUUAGUGUUCGUGGAGACUAAAAAAGGUGCCGACAUGCUCGAAGAAUACUUGGCCUCAAUGGGAUACCCGGUAACUAGCAUUCACGGCGACAGGACUCAACGCGAGCGAGAGGAAGCGUUGCGUCGUUUCCGCGCGGGCAAGGCGCCGAUCCUGGUCGCUACCGCGGUGGCAGCGCGUGGACUCGAUAUACCACACGUUAAGCAUGUCAUUAAUUUUGAUUUGCCUGGCGACGUUGAAGAAUACGUUCAUCGUAUCGGUCGUACCGGUCGUAUGGGCAACUUAGGUCUGGCCACCUCAUUCUUCAAUCACAAGAAUCAUAAUUUGGUACGCGACUUGGUAUCUCUGCUUAUCGAAGCCAAUCAGGAACUUCCACCUUGGCUGGAUGACAUGUUUACCGAAGCGAGAUACUCCGGAGGUGGAUCUCGGCGACCAGGCGGCGGCGGCGGCGGUGGCGGCGGCGGUGGCGGCGGCGGCGGCACCAAGGGACGCUUCAGUGGUGGCGGCUUUGGUGCACGAGAUUAUCGUCAACAACCCAGUUCUGGAUCUCGUAGUAAUGGGCCCUCUAGACCUGGUGGUUACGGAGGCGGUUAUUCAAGUUACGGAGGUAACUAUAAUAAUUCAUCGUACAAUAAUUCCACUAAUAACGGCAACAGUGGCCCUGACUGGUGGGGAGCAUGGGACAAGUAGACGAUUAUUUCCAUCUCUAUUUCUACUUCUAUCAUCAUUAUUAUUAUUACUCUACACGCAAAUUCAAUUAUAUGUAAGGAAAGACACGACAUUAUUAUGUCCGACACUUACACGCACGUGUUUUGCGCGCGUAUACAUGUACACAUGCGCAGAGUACAGACAGUUCCACGUUAUAAUACGUAUUCACGUUUUCGCUGACUGCCUGUGCACUCCGAGUUUUUUGGAUGAGAAGCAGAAAAAGAAAUACUUACGUUUAAUUCCACUAUAUUACAUUUGUUCGCGACAAAUUAACAAAUCCUGCGUGCAAUUUAGUAUUCGCGCCCGGUGGAUCGCCGGAUGUUUUCAAAUGUGAAUGAUCUCACCAUAAAGAGUGCGCGUUAUCGUAAAUAGGAUUUGUUCAGACACUUAUUAGUUAGAGGUCCAUCCAACAUUUUGUUGCCGUGCGUGCUGAGGAACACAAGUAGUAAUAACCACUAACGAAUCAAAUCGGUAAGUCGUUAGUCCCUGCUCGAAGGGAAUAACGAUGUAACACAUAGUAGCUGAAGAAAAACUUAGUAAAUUUUUUAGAACUCCUGUCGAGACUAUGGGGCUCAUCGUAACUUUAUUAUUUACAUUAUUCUCUCUUUUUCUUUUAUAGGGGGUACGGUGGGCGUAUCUUCGGUAAUUAUAGCGUUUAAACGUUUGACCGUGAAACAUUUUAAUGCACAAGCAUUUUAUUGCCCUUGCUAACAUGAAUGGCCAGUAAAAGUCGUGCAGUUUCGUUCAAAUGAAUAAUUCUUUGUUUAUACGUGCACGUUUAUCGAUACGCCUAGGAUACGCCAAAUUACCGUCGCUAUAGAUUACACACGAUGAUUCCUUAUUAAUUAUUAUUAUUAUUAUUAUUAUUUUCCUUAAUUUGCUGUAGUUCAGCGACGAAUGGUACUUUGUUGUUUUGCCGUCCCCAAAGAGAGACGAUAUUGCGCCGGCAAUAUUAUAUGGUUUAUCUGAAUAAGCCACAGGUGAAUUUUUCGGGGAUCGACGGUUUUGAUAUUGAGAAAGAUAAAAUGGCAACACACAGGCUACGUCUUAGGAUACCUUUAGAAAUCUCACAUUUUCGUUAUAGCCUGAUAUAUGCACAUUGACAUAAUUUAGAAAAUUUCAAGACGGCGCUUACGCGAUUUACAGCCGGCAGUGUGUUUGUUUCGUAAGUUAUUCUCAUAACUUUGGCCGUUACAGUGAGACCUCGAUAUAUACGGUAGAAUGUCAAUGCAAAAAAGAAAAGUUUUCUAUAUUUCAUCAGUAAUCUGUAAGAUUUAAAGAAAUUAUUCUCUCGUUUACAUUCUAUGUUUCUUUAUGAAAUAAAUAUAUGAAAAAGUAAAAUUGUUCGCGGUCUUUGCACUGUCUCUCUCUUUCAAGUUGUAAACGUUUUGCGGCCUUAGAUGACGAAGAAAUUUUCCCGAAAUAUCUAUAACUAUGGAGGUUUCACUGUAUAAAGAGUUAACAGCGGCUAAAUAUGCUUUAGUGGAAAGAGCAGGUAUAUAUAUAUAUAUAAAUAUUUUAUGUACCUGAGCUUCAAUAGUUCUCUCUACAGACGGAACUGCGUUGAUCCCACGUAGAAGCGUGCUUCUCGAGUAGCAUUUCUAAACGUAACGGAGACGUUGCCCUGCGAAAAUUGGUUUAUGGCGCUUUAUAAAGGAAAUCUUAGUCCGCAGUACCGAAUGCGAAUGUGUGAGUGCUCAUAUGGCAGAGAAAUUAUAUUGAGACGGGUAAAAAAAAAAAUACGGUUGCAGUUACAGAGGGGGUUAUUAAAACAAAAAGAGCAGAGCGAGCGAUGCUUUUGCAUCGACACACAAACGGGCUCUGUCUUCAUUAAGGCAAAAAAAAAAAUCCAGGGUGGGGGGGAAAAUGAUAGAAAGCAAGCAUAAAGCCUCUUGAGGGAGACACACGGGGCGCACUCAUAUUAUUUUCUAGCUGUAUUUAUCAGUAUGAUACGCGCGUUAUAUAUAAUAUAAAUACAUAACACUAAAAUAAUUGAAGAAACGACUGUGAUAUCGAACGAUCUUGUGACAUUCAAUUUCCAUGCGAAUUGAUAAACGAACAAUUAACGGAAUAACAAAUACAAUAAAUGUGUAUUAAUUAAUCGGUAUUGAAUGUCGGGAAGGUGAACUUGAAGCUCAGUUGUUUUGAGCUGAGAACAAGAAUAUUAAGUCGUUAACAGUUAACACACACAAGACAACGUGGCUGUUGUCCGAUCGGGGAGGGCUGAACGCUAGGGCUCUUACGGUCCCGUGGGGACCUUUCUAGGGCAUUGUUUCUGCUUAAAGUAACGCGCAUUAACGAUAUAUAGGUGACGCGAGCUCGCGAGUCGUUUACCGGUUGAAUGACGGGAUUGGUGUUGGUAUAGGGCUUUGUAGGAUGUCGAAAUAUCGUUUCGUGCUAAAUAAUAAAACGUCGGGUUCUUGUCUAUCUAAUCUACUACGUGAGGGAG